GUCGACAAUUUGUCACUGUACCCGCGAACGCACCUAUUUUUUGAAGGGUAAGAUCGCAUUCUACCAAAUCAGACAACACUUUUUUCUAUGUUACUUAUGUCAUAAUAACAAAAAUGGCAACUGGUCCAAAAAUUGCUACAACUCCUUUGGAGUUAUUUGAAGGAUAUAGAGAACCACCGUUUUUAAGUAAAGUAUGGAGUCCACUAAUAUUUGGUACCAUGGGAUUCGUUAGUGUAAUUCUAGCUAAUUAUGGGACCAGGAAACCUGUCUUCAGCGGUAUCCAGAAACACAUUCUAGCUACUGCUAUUUGUGGUGGUGUUGGAAAAAUAGUAGAUGAUUAUAGGAACAAAUACUUAGCAGACAGAGAUGCUGUACUUCGUCAUUAUAUAGAACUACACCCUGAAGAUUUUCCAGCUUUUGAGAGAAAACAAUACAAAGACGUCUUUGAAGCUUGGAUUCCUAUUCGUUAAUAGUUUAAUAUAAGUUUAUGUAGUAGGUAUAUAUUCUGAAUUUAAAUAUAUUAUUUAAAGAA